GCUCUAUGAGCUAUGCAUACCCGUAGCUCCCCGCCGACCCCGAUGGUCCCCUCCCCUCCUUCCCAAGGUCCAUCCGCCAGGGUGCAGCCGACGCACUCCUAACGCCAAGGCCGCCCUCUCAUCGACCGCCCCUUCCUGGCCUCGACUCAGCGCCAAAGGUGUUGGGAUGGCCACCAACUGGGGGAGCCUCUUGCAGGAUAAACAGCAGCUAGAGGAGCUGGCACGGCAGGCCGUGGACCGGGCCCUGGCUGAGGGAGUAUUGCUGAGGACCUCACAGGAGCCCACUUCCUCGGAGGUGGUGAGCUACGCCCCAUUCACGCUCUUCCCCUCACUGGUCCCCAGUGCCCUGCUGGAGCAAGCCUAUGCUGUGCAGAUGGACUUCAACCUGCUAGUGGAUGCUGUCAGCCAGAACGCUGCCUUCCUGGAGCAAACUCUUUCCAGCACCAUCAAACAGGAUGACUUUACCGCUCGUCUCUUUGACAUCCACAAGCAAGUCCUAAAAGAGGGCAUUGCCCAGACCGUGUUCCUGGGCCUGAAUCGCUCAGACUACAUGUUCCAGCGCAGCGCAGAUGGCUCCCCAGCCCUGAAACAGAUCGAAAUCAACACCAUCUCUGCCAGCUUUGGGGGCCUGGCCUCCCGGACCCCAGCUGUGCACCGACAUGUUCUCAGUGUCCUGAGUAAGACCAAAGAAGCUGGCAAGAUCCUCUCUAAUAAUCCCAGCAAGGGACUGGCCCUGGGAAUUGCCAAAGCCUGGGAGCUCUACGGCUCACCCAACGCUCUGGUGCUACUGAUUGCUCAAGAGAAGGAAAGAAACAUAUUUGACCAGCGUGCCAUCGAGAAUGAGCUACUGGCCAGGAACAUCCAUGUGAUCCGACGAACAUUUGAAGAUAUCUCUGAAAAGGGGUCUCUGGACCAAGACCGAAGGCUGUUUGUGGAUGGCCAGGAAAUUGCUGUGGUUUACUUCCGGGAUGGCUACAUGCCUCGUCAGUACAGUCUACAGAAUUGGGAAGCACGUCUACUGCUGGAGAGGUCACGUGCUGCCAAGUGCCCAGACAUUGCCACCCAGCUGGCUGGGACUAAGAAGGUUCAGCAGGAGCUAAGCAGGCCGGGCAUGCUGGAGAUGUUGCUCCCUGGCCAGCCUGAGGCUGUGGCCCGCCUCCGCGCCACCUUUGCUGGCCUCUACUCACUGGAUGUGGGUGAAGAAGGGGACCAGGCCAUCGCCGAGGCCCUUGCUGCCCCUAGCCAGUUUGUGCUAAAGCCCCAGAGAGAGGGUGGAGGUAACAACCUAUAUGGGGAGGAAAUGGUACAGGCCCUGAAACAGCUGAAGGACAGUGAGGAGAGGGCCUCCUACAUCCUCAUGGAGAAGAUCGAACCUGAGCCUUUUGAGAAUUGCCUGCUACGGCCUGGCAGCCCUGCCCGAGUGGUCCAGUGCAUUUCAGAGCUGGGCAUCUUUGGGGUCUAUGUCAGGCAGGAAAAGACACUCGUGAUGAACAAGCACGUGGGGCAUCUACUUCGAACCAAAGCCAUCGAGCAUGCAGAUGGUGGUGUGGCAGCGGGAGUGGCAGUCCUGGACAACCCAUACCCUGUGUGAGGGCACAACCCGGCCACGGGACCUUCUAUCCUCUGUAUUUGUCAUUCCUCUCCUAGCCCUCCUGAGGGGUAUCCUCCUAAAGACCUCCAAAGUUUUUAUGGAAGGGUAAAUACUGGUACCUUCCCCCAGCUCUCCAUCUGAGGACCAGAAAAGUUGUGUCUCCCUUAGAUGAGAUCUAGAGGCACCCAAAUCCUUGAGAUGUGGGUAUAGCUGAGGGUAAGCUGCUCUGAGGUAAAGGUCCAUGAACCCUGCCCCACUCCUGUCAGCCCCUCAUCAGCCUUUUCAGCAGGUUCCAGUGCCUGACUUGGGAUAGAACUGAGUGGUAGGAGGAGGGGGAGUGGAGGGGCAUAGCCUUUCCCUAAUUCUGCCUUAAAUAAAACUGCAUUGCUGAUUCA